AUCCUCAUCUUGGGCCGGGAGAGACCCGCCGUUCACCCGACCCGACUUGAUUUUCUUCCUCUCAUGUUUUCCCGGGAAAACCUUCUUCCCCUCUCUAGCUUUCUCCGGGAAAAUUUUCCGAUCCGUUGCAAACCGUUCAUCGUCUUCCGUUCUGUAACAGAUCUCGACGACCUGCGAGGCUGCGAUGGAGAUUCGCAUCGGAAGAGGCUAUGCGUGGGCCAUCGCCGCCGGAUUCAUGGCCGCUCUCGCCGCCAUCUCCGCCAUCUCCGCCAAGUUCUUCUCCUCUCAGGUCGUUAAGUAUGGUUUUGUCAUACUGUUCAAUGUUACAAUGUGGGGAUGUUAUGUCAACAGCCUAAAGAGUCUCUCGUCUCUUCAAGCCACAGUUACGAACUUUGCGACAAAUUUCCUCACUUCUGGAUUAGCUGGGUUCUUUUUGUUUGACGAGUCAUUGAGAUACCAGAUGAAAGCUUCUGAGAUCAAUGUGGUUGCCAAGGAAAAGAGCUAGUUCGCUUCAUGCAAACCUGUUGUUCAGGGAUUCUUGGCGUAGUCUCCACCUUGCGAUAAAAGGUGUCGAGUACUUCCUAGUUCCUGAUAAUGACUCGAGUUUUAGGUUUAAUCAUUGCUAUCUUGACUCACAUUAUGGUUGUGAUAUGGUUGUGAAAUUGUGAUUAAAAGGAUGCAGUGAUUCGAGAUUCUCACUCCACUUAGUCUAUGAAUGCAGAUUUCACAAAAUUCACAUGAAGUCCCGUUCUUAGUGGUUUGCAGGUGCACUUUUCAUAGUGAUUGGCGUGCUAAUUCUCAGCAAAUCAAGUAUUGAGAAGAAAAGUAGAGUUGAUUGAAAGUUCUCAGUUUAUGAGAGAUACCAUACGCCAUGCUUGAAGGUGACUUAGUAGAGAUCAGAAGUUCCAUUCUUGUGCCACUCUCAAGGAAAGGAGAAAAUGAAGUUGAGAAUUGAGGAUAUAAAGGGUGUUUCCUUCCUGGCCGGUGAUUCCGUGUGAACGAUCACUACUUGUCGUGACUGGCAGCACCAAGGAUGCUAUGUUGUUAAUGCCAGGAUUGCUAUGUUACUGUUAAUGGUGACUGUACAAUAUAGCUACAAGGCAAGCUGCAAAGAAGACAGAUUUGUGUUUAGA